AUGUUCUACCAGCUCUCGCAGAAGUUUUCCAAAGGAAGUACGAUAGCCAUUACUAUUCCGACCAUCAUCGCCGUGUCGUACGCUACGUUUGCCUUUUUCCGCUACACGGGCCCGGACCUUGGUGGAAACGUUCGUGGGUCACCUAAGACCACAUCAGCCGAGUGGCAGGCGGCCUCUGUGGAGUAUGGCAAGGCACAAAAGGCCAAUCCUAUUCGUCACUUCAAAGACUAA